UGGAUUGAACAAACAAAAACAAAAUACAGGAAUCGAAUUCAGAUAUAUUUUAAGGGAUGAGAAAAUGGCACGCGGAUUAUUUGCCUUGUUAUUAGGGGCAGUUGUCAUCUGUUUUAUGCUGGGUGUGAAUUUAUCUGCCGCAGAAUUUCCAGCUUUCAGUGUUCUAGCAAAUAAGACUCUCUUAAGUUCUGGUGAUACUGUUGUCAUUAAAUGUCUUAUUGAGAACGUGACCCUUAUGGACGUUGUAACAAGUUACACUAUGACCUGGCUAAAAGAUGACGUCAAAAUCACAAAGUCGUUCACAGAGCUUGCUGGUGACGUCAUUGACACAAGAUACAGUGUGAACGUUGUUGCAGAAUAUGGAAAAGGAUUUUUCUCAUCUCUGCAAAUUAAAAGUUUGAGAGAAGAAGAUGAAGGCACAUUUACUUGUGAGCUUAUUAAUAAAACUUCUGCAAAGCAACAAAAAUCAGUCUCCAUAAGCGUUGAAGACAGGGUUGGAUAUUCGGGGACAACAGAUUCGGGGAAUAGAUAUGUUAUUAGCAGGAGCAACAAAACAUCUAUUGCUACAGAAGAUACAAACGAAACAAGUUCUAACGAAAUUAUACAGCCAUACGAGAACACAACACCAUCGUUGCUUAGCUUUAAUGAAAAGGAAAAAGACACUACGACGCACAUCAGAGAUAUUGAUACAGGCACCACUGAUGAGGAAACGUAUAAUGAAACUAUUACAGACAGUGAAACGACAACACUGUCCCAGUUCGAGUCUUUAGUGGACAUCACAACUGGCGUACGCGAUGUAGAAUUUCAACAAGAAGUGGACAGCAAUGGUAAUCUGAUUGCGGGAAUACUAGUUCCAGUUCUGCUUAUACUGUUCUCCGUCAUAACUGUAGUAAUUCUUGAACGACGGAAUGUCAUAAAUUUUUAUAUCUGCUUCCAUAAAUCCAAGUGGAAUGCAUCUAAACCAGGAGGAAAAUCAUAUGAAACCUACACAGUACGCUCUGGAAACGACAGCUUUAUACCGUUGGAUUGUAACGAGAAAUAUAGUGACCUAGAUGUUAAACCAGAAAGAUAUCCAUUCGAAACGUGCAAAGUAGACUAUAUAAACGACUCCUUUUCACCAGACAAAACAAAUGAGACAUACAGAGGCCCAGCGGAAUCUCCUGAUGAUUAUUGUAAUAACGAACAGGCUAUCAGAUCCAGACGAGCUUAUGAAGAUGCGAAUGAUAAAGAAUUCCUAACUUAUUAUGAAACAAAAGAAAUUCUGGGGAGGGAGAGUACCGGUAAAGGAGGCGGAAAUAGUGUACCUGGAACUUUGACGCAGGAUGACUCAACUGAAUGUUUUACCGUUAUUCAUGAUGAAGUCAGCAAAAAGAAGAAAAGAAGUCCUUACGAAAAAUGCCAUGAUACUGGUUUUCUAGACAUGUUUAAGAUUUAAGAACAAGGAAUUCUAUUAUUCUUUUUCACUUUCUUACUUUUAUUUGCAUGGAUAUUUAAAAAUAUGAGGCUUCAUGAUUUAAAUGUGGGUCGCGGGUUUUCUAGUGUCAUCAUUUUCGGUACACAUUUUCUACUAUUCUAGCGGAUGUUUGGUGCACAUUUGAUUUUGACGUCAGUUAGUUCAUGAACGCGACAUUCCAUUCCUUUCCGUUUUAACCUCUGAAAAUUGCUCUAGAAAUAUCUAUAUAAACGCGAUAACGUUCAACAUGACGUUGUAAUUCAGAAAGAUUUUAAUUCUUGGCCAAAUUAAUUUCGAGUAUAACCUGGUUUGGUCAGUUUACACUUUAUAAUCUUUGUAAUAUUAUUAAAUACAUUUACUAGAAAACCAGAAAAGUAGUUCCGGA